AGGAGUCAGGACUCAGGAGGAAGAGCAGACCAGUUGUUGAGGAGAGAAGGAGGAGGAAGGAUCUCUCUCCUUUCUCUCUCUCUCUUUAUCUUUAGUCCGUGUGAAAGAAGCAAACGAGUGAAAGAAAGCAGUGGAAAAGUGAAAAAAAAAAUUUAGACUCCAGACAGAAAAAAAAAGACAGAAAAAGAAAUAAAACAUAUAAAACAAGUACAAAACAAAAAAGAAAAAAAAAACAAAUAAGAAAUAAAAAUUAGUUUAGCAAAAAAGUAAACAAAUCGGAGAAAUAUUUUAGGCAUGGGGUCUCUGUGGUUCCUCCCCCUGGCCGUCCUAGCAGCCAUAGGAUUGGCUAGCGGCGCUGGUGACGUCACAAUGGGCGUGGCCUACGAUGACGUGACGGACAUUGCGGGGCUGGGGCGGGGCUGUGUGGAGGGCGGCGCUAGGGGCGAGGAUGGCGUGAACUACUGCCAGAAAAUGACCCCUGAGGAACACCAGAGGCUGAAGGCUGCUGCUGACGACUUGUUGGUCCUCACAAUUCGUAGGCCUGGAGAGGAGGCCUACAAAAGAUUCCUGAGGUCAGCUCGGGUCUAUGGCUACACGGUCAAGGUGUUGGGGGAGGAGGGGGAGGGGGUGGAGAAGGACGUGGAAGGGAGCAGACGCCUUCAGCUUCUUCGUCAGGAGAUUUCUAACCUGAAGAAGGAGAAAGAAGAUAAGUUGGUACUGUACACGGAGAGCGUGGAUGUGGUGCUAGCCGGGGGUCCUCUGCGGCUGGUGGAGGAGGUGGAGCGGGACGGGGAGAAAGAGGAGGUGGAUGUGCUUCUGUCAGGUGAUGGAUUCUGCUGGCCCGACAAGACACAAGAGGCGGCCUACCCUGAAGUGAAGAGAGGGAAGAAGUAUUUAAACUCUGGAGUGUUCCUAGCAAGAGUGGGCACCCUGCACAAACUUUUAGAAGAAAAUGCAGAGAAAGACGAUACAGAAGGGAAGAAGGAAGAAAAGAAGGAGAAGAAGGAGAAGGAAGAGGAGGAAGAUAAACAUUUACUGCAGCAACUGAUGACAAAAGUUUAUCUGAAGGAGGAACUGAGGAGAAAAUAUAAAAUGAAAAUAGAUUAUCUGUCAAAGGUGUUUCAGAACCUUAAUGGCGCCACAGGAGACGUGGAGGUACGGUUCCUGGGGCGAGAGGCGUACCUACACAACACAGCCACCAGCACCGUGCCCGUUGUGGUGCGAGGCAACGGUCACUCCCACCUGCUCCUCAACACCCUUGGCUCCUACUUGGCCAAGGCGUGGAACCAGGAGGACGGCUGCAGGGCAUGCUGGGAGGACAUGAUUCACUUAGAAGAAGCGGAGGAAUGGAAAGCAGAAGAGAAGAAGGAGGGGGAAGAGGAAGAGGAGAAGAAGAGGGAAGUGAGACCCAUUCCUAAGGUCACGCUUGGAAUAUUCCUGGAAAGACCCACGCCAUUCCUAACCGAGUUUCUGGAACGCAUUCAGGACUUCAGAUACCCAAAAAAAAAGAUUGAUUUGUACUUCCAUAACGAGGUGGAGGGGCAGAGGGAGGAGGUGGAGGAGUGGGUGAAGGAACACACAGAUUCUUACGCCUCCGUGAAAUACAUCUCUCCGUCAGACAACAUGAAGGAGUGGCACGCGAGGGACGGCCUGGUGGAGCACUGUCUGGAGAAAGACUGUGGGUACAUGUUCGUGGUGGAUGCAGAGGCGCAGAUACUCAACCCAUAUACCCUGAAACUCCUUAUUGAGCAGAACAGACCCGUGGUGGCGCCCAUGCUGCUGCGUCCCUACAAGGCGUGGAGCAAUUUCUGGGGCGCCGUGACCACUGACGGGUUCUAUGCGCGUUCAGUGGACUAUAUGGAGAUUGUGCAGGGCCAGAGGAGAGGCUUAUGGAACGUCCCCUACAUCUCUGAGUGCUACCUGAUAGAAGCCUCGGUGCUAAGGAACCCUCGCACCCGCCCUAACUACGUUCGUAACCUGCUGGACCCCGACAUGGCUCUGUGUGAAAACCUGAGGGAGGCGGGGGUCUUCAUGCACGUCAAUAACCGCAUCGAGUUUGGUCACCUUAUUAACAAUGAGGAGUUCAAUCUGGCGAGACUCAACCCGGAGCUGUGGGAGGUGGAGAAGAACAGGUGGGACUGGGAGAGGCGCUACCUGAACCCCCUGUACGUGGAUGCAGUGGAACCCAACAGUACCGUAGAGAUGCCCCGUGCCCCGACGUUGUACCGGUUCCCUGUCUUUACUGAGAGGUUCGCCAAAGAAAUGAUUAGGACUUUUGAGGACUAUGGAAGGUGGUCUGACGGAGGCCACGAGGACUGGAGACUGGAGGGUGGAUAUGAGUCUGUGCCAACCGUCGAUAUCCACAUGAGGCAAAUGGGAAUGGAGGCAGAGUGGCUUGAAAUCCUUCGUUCCUAUAUCCAACCCAUGCAACUGAAGGUGUUCCAGGAUUACAACAAUGAUGUGGGCCCCCCACGCGCCAUAAUGAACUUCAUGGUAAGGUACAAGCCAGAUGAGCAGCCCUUCCUGCGCCCACACCACGACACUUCUACUUAUACCAUCAACGUAGCGCUCACCAGACCAGGGGAAGACUUCGAGGGCGGCGGCUGCAGAUUUUUGAGGUACAACUGUUCUAUUGUGGACUCUGGUGUGGGCUGGGUCUUGAUGCACCCCGGCAGACUGACACAUCUACACGAGGGCCUGCCAGUCACCAAAGGAACACGGUACAUUAUUGUCUCUUUCGUCGACCCAUAAAGGAAGGAAGGAAGGAAGGAAGGAAGGAGGGAGGGACUGACUGAGAAAGACUGCCCGUGUGUGUGUGUGUGUGAAAGAAAGAAUGAAGGACUGGUGAAAUGGAGCGAAGGAAUGAAUGAAUGAAGGAAGGAAGGAAGGAAGGAAUGAAGGAAGGAAGAAAGGAAGGAAGGAGAGAGUGAGAGAGAAAUAGUGUGUGUGUGUGUGUGUGUGUGUGUGUGUG